GAAUGUAAGCAAUGUGGUAAAGCAUUUAGAUGGCACAGUUACCUUCACUUCCAUGAACGAAUUCAUACUGGAGAGAAGCCAUAUGAGUGUAAGCAAUGUGGUAAACCUUUUAGAUGGCACAGGUACCUUCAAUUGCAUGAAAAAAUUCAUACUGGAGAAAAACCGUAUGAAUGUAAGCAAUGUGGUAAAGCCUUUAGACAGUCCAGUCACAUUCAUGUACAUGGAAAAGUUCAUACUGGAGAACAACCAUAUGAAUAAACUAUGUGGAAAAGCCUUUAGAUAUCACAGCUAUCUUCAGUUACUUGAAAAAAUUCAUACUGGAGAAAAGCCCUAUGAAUGUAAACAAUGUGGUAAAGAUGUCAGAUAUUACAGUAAGGUUCAAAGACAUGAGAAGUUCAUAACAAAGCCCUGUGAAUAGAACAGUGUGGAAA